CCCCCCCUUUCGCCUGCGAGUCCGUGGAGUGAAGGGCCGAGGACGAGCAGCGGGAGUUGCUGGUGCCGAAGCUGGAGCCCCGCAGUGCGCACUUGCGAAUGCCUUCGACGUCGAAUUGCAGUGGGGCUAUGAUGAUGAUGGUGAUGAUGAUGAUGAAGGAGGAGGAGGCAGAGCAGGCAGGGCAGGUGGUCGUGGUGCUUUCCAGGCCCCCGCAGUGAGAGUCCCCCUCCCUCCCCGCACAAGAGCGCGACCAGCCGCAGCAGCGGCUCCCGACCGAAAAGAGGGCAGUCGCAGCCACUCCGCUUACGAAAGCAAUUCGGAAAGCGAGUAUCAGAGCUCCUUGUUGUGUAUGCAUUGCUAGUCGAUUCCGGAGUAGAGUGGCAGUUGAGUUGCACCGAACCGGGGAACUGACGAAGGAAGUUCUGAAGGAGGGAGCGGAGCUGCGCCCGAGCUGAGCUGAGCUGAACUGAACUGAGAGGAGGAGGCGGGCGAAACGUGGAGGGACGACUGUAUUUCUUUUGUUUUUCUCCAGAGUCGAUUGUCGUGCCUGGCGAGCAGGGCGCACCGGAGUCGUCUGAGUGUGCUGGCUGACUUUGCAGGUGAGCUGAGAAGAAGAAAGGAUUUGGUUUUGCAGAGCUUUGCGGUUCAGGAAGUGCCUGACGAGCAGCGGUGUUAGGAUUUUGAGCUGGACAGACUGGGCGAGGAACUGGAACCGGAGUAGAAGCCAGCAGUGUUUCACUCGUAUUGGUAUAUCGCUCCUGUGUUUUGUGAGGAUCUUCAUGAGCCUCUACAUUGAGCUCGAACUAUAUGGACUCGUUCGAGUUACGGAAGCUGCUCGAAGGUGACGAGCGGGCCCGGCUUCAUACAAUGCCAGAGUAUAUAUCAGUGGAACGCCUGUCGGGACCGAGGGCGACAACCGAAGGGCGUAUAUUUUGCACGAAGUCCGACAAUGGAUACAAAUCUGCAACAAGUCGAAGUGUACUCCCUUUGAAGUUUUAGCGGUAUCGCGAAGGAGUCUGCUGAGCGUCGAACUUGUGCACUAGCUUGGAGUCCAGAGGAUCGUGACCUGCCGGCGUACUACAGGCACUACAAUCCUCAGAUGAUUCCGGAGCUGCUUCGUGGUACCCGUUCGAAGUCCUUUUGAGGUUACACAAAGUCGUUCUCCGGGGAAUGUUGAGUUUGAGAACGAGUAAUGUUUUCCUUGUGGUAAGGAGAUAAGAUACCACGGCUUCGUCGAAUAAAACCUGAGUACAAUGCGACACCAUGGUUGGCAGCUUCCGUAUCAUCCGCUCCAGAUUGUGGCUGUUGCCGUCUUCAGUGCGUUGGCGUUCUCUUUUUAUGUCUUUUUCGUUCCGUUUCUCGGAAGCAAUGUUCUCAAGUUCCAUGUUGUGGCAGGAUUCUCCCCGCUGGUGUUGGCGGUUGUUACCUUGUACAUCCGAUGCGCAGCUAUUGAUCCCGCAGAUUCCGGUAUUAGGAGAGCCAGACUGAGGGCAGCGGCAGCAAGGAAAUCAGAGUCAUCAGCUGAAAUUCUCUUGAGAGAUAGGCAAGGUACUAGCUUAGAGGAAGAUGUCAGCAGGAGCCUGCAGAUUUUUCAGACACCAGGAAUGAGCAGAUGGGAAGUAGCGGCUAAAAAACUUGGCAGAUAUGCAUGUGUCCCUGCUGUUGUGUUGUGGAGGUGCACUCCAGGUACUGGACUUUUGAGGAGUCUCUUCUUAGGAAACCAGUCGGAGCCAGAGAAGUAUAUUGCUGAGGAGGAGCUGCUCUUCUGUAGCUUGUGCGAAGCAGAGAUAUUCAAACACAGCAAGCAUUGCCGAGCGUGUGAUAAGUGCGUCGACGGCUUUGAUCACCACUGUCGGUGGCUCAAUAAUUGCAUUGGGAAAAAGAACUACAAAACUUUUGUGGCGGUCAUGGUUGCAAGUCUACUGAUGCUUAUUACUCAGUGGUCGAUCGGAAUCUUCGUGCUGGUACGGUGCUUCCGGGACAAGCACAAGUUCGACGAGGAAAUAGUGGAGAAAUUGGGAAGCAGCUUUUCAAGAGUUCCUUUUGUGGUCGUUGUGACUCUUUGUACGUUCCUGGCCAUGCUAGCCACACUUCCUCUCACCCAGCUCCUCUUCUUCCAUCUAAUUCUUAUAAAAAAGGGAAUCACGACCUACGACUACAUCGUCGCCAUACGGGAGCAGGACACUCAGGAAGCUCCCGGUGAAACUCAUCUAGCCCGAAGUCUCUCAUCUUCACCCGCUAGCUCCACAGCUACAGCAGUCAGUAAUGCCAGCUCAAUUGGAGCUUUGCAAAGGGCCGUCUGGUGUACUCCGCCACGAAUGUUCGUAGAAAAUCAGUCGCACAUGAAAUCUGAAGUCGUCGUGCAGUAUGCAACUAGUCUUCGGGGUGCUUCAUUGAGAGUUCCCUCCCUGGUAGAACUUGAAAGUGGUAGCAUCUCCUCCAAGCCUGUGAAAGACUCUGCGGCUGGGCAACAGAGACGUCCCGUUGGGCUCAGUCCGUGGAAGUUGGCUAGGCUAAGCACGAAAGAUGCAUCAAAAGCUGCAGUUCGAGCUAGAGAAAAGUCUUCUAUAUUGCGGCCCGUGAAAUAUAUUGAGGGUUCAACUAUCACUGAAACUGAAGACAGCAGCUUUGAACAUAGCGCCGAAAUAGCUACUACUUCAAGCGGUCAUAAAGUUGGAUGGAGAAUGGAAAAUCCUCUUGCCGUAUCCAGGGAGCGACCAGGACUUGGGCAUGAUAGAGAUAGGCCCACUUCAUUUGGCACAGAUUACAGCAGUGGAAGGCCUGGUGAUUCAUCUGAGGAGAAAACCAAUCAGGCUAUAAUCCCUCUACAUUCGGAAAGCAGGAGUCCAUUCCGGUCAAGGUCUUGCAACAACAUUACGUCCUUCGCCGGACCUGCGAGUGCAGCCGAGUCCCCAGACAUCCUUGGAUCUCCAGAUUUGGGGUCUGUAGACACUCAGUUUUACCACAAUGCCAACCAGGAGAGGUCAUGGCUUUACCGAGCCACAAGUGAUGGGUACGAGGCAUCUGGCGGAGAAAGUGCUGAUGAUACAAGUGAUCAAGGACGACGACUUUCGCAAGCUUGGAGCAAGCUGAAGCUGAACCCGUCCUUCAUUAGUAGAGGUGAUAUCCAAAGUGCAUCAAUUAAGUGGCGUAGUGGCCUUGAAGAUAUAGCUGCAUCAUGGUCCAAUGCAUCUCAACCAGACAGCAGAGCUAGCAGUGGGACUAGAUCCAAUGGAUCAAGAGUCGAAGCCAAUAUCUUGAAGCAUGUGAAUCUUGACUGGCCUGGCGUCCGGGAAAAAGUUUCCACUUCGACCGAGGGAAGUAACAACUCAUCCCCUUCUCACUAUGAGUCUCCACAACGCACGUCCCCGGACAUUCAGUGCGCCGUUGAUGCUAAAUAUAUCAAUCAUCUAGAAAAACCAAAUCUGAAAGAAUCAGGUUCUGUUUUCCAUGAUGCCCCAUACUCUGGGUCGUCCCCCAAGCUAAACACGGGGAAGAGAGGCUUAUCUUCGGCAAAGAGACUGAAAGAGUCUAUACUAGCAUACAAAAGGGGCCUAUCCGCCUCGUCUUCAAGCACUGGACCUGCCUUGCUUUCAACUAGUCCCUGACUCCACUUCUUCGAGACAUUUUCUUCAUGGCUGAGAUUCAGUCGUAUGUCGUCAUCGAAGCCCCUUGAAGCUAUCCUCCGCAACCUGUUUUUUACCAGGUUUUCUGAGAUACACGAUAGCAAUGCUCAGAAACACUCCCAUGAAGACCAUUAAUUGGUAGCUAUCUUCUUUGCAUGCCUUGACACGACUAUCUUGAAUGCAAGCAUAUCAGAGAAUGUAGGCUUAAGAGAGGCAGAGGCAUGCAGAGUUCGUAUGAGUCACGUUGAAGAUAGAAACCAAUGCUCAACAGCAAAUGCGAGAGAUACCAUGUCGAAGGUGCUACACGGUGAUUUUGUAGUCCAAGUUUACCUGUGGCUAAGCAGUUUUGCUUGUCCUCGAGAACUCUACGACAUGGUUGGAAACCGUGAGAUAGUCAAAGGUUUGUUUCAGAAGGCUGCGGUGUCAACAUGUUCGGUGGUACGGGAAGGGAACAGAGGUAAAUUUGUACAUUAGUUAGCCUAGUUUGGAAAGUUUCUCUCUUGUAGCACGGAGUGUGGCAAGGAAGAAUUUUUUUUUUCCGUUUUUUUUUGGGAAUGCUGGCUGUGCCUACUUUUGUGAGCGGUCAGCCUGAUUUAGACACGAAACUUUCAAUAGUCGAGUUUAGAAGACGAUGCCUGCGGAGGGCAGAUGUACCUCAACAAAUUGACAGCCCGUCGUGGGAGGUGGACGCGACCAUUUGGAUAUUCUUUCUGUUUCAGCAGCGAGCAGUCUAACUCUGCCAUUUACCGUUCCAAGGACUGCAAGUCAUUGUAUUCGCGAGUCAUUGAAUGUAAGUGGCAGGUUAGACUUCUCGAACGUCUUGCCAAGAGCGAGGAUUGAAGAUGGGGUUUUUUAGAGUAGUUUCAGAAAGUAAUCACAUUUUCUGCCAUGUCUAGAUUUGUCACCAUGUGUGACAAAUCGCAGACUUCAUUCAUACCCACCAUUUGUAAAGAGGUCUCUCGAUUUUAUCCUGUGUUCUCGCAGAUUUUA